AUGCUGUCCAAUGGCAGCCAGACGGGCAGCCUCAGCUCGCUAGACGCGCUGCCCAAACAGUUUGUGCUGUCCAUGAAGAAGCUCUUCGACAUUCUGGAUGAUAAGCACAGCGGCUAUGUGCGCUAUGCGGACAUUGAGAAGGGCUGGCAGGACGACGGCUCCAAGGGGCUGCCGCAGGGCGUGCUGGACUCACUCCGCCGUGUGACGCCGCCCAGCGGGCUGCUAUCCUUUGAGCGCUUCUGUGCUGGCCUGAAGCUGUGCUUGUUGCGCAACCAGCAGCAGACACAGGCACAGAUACAAGUCCAUGACAAGCUGAUCAAGCCGCCGCGUCCGCCAUCGGCGCCACAGCUGCUGGGCCUGGCUAUGGACAGCGGUGCGCCCACGGCCAAGGUACGUCCGCGCUCACAGAUGAGUCCCGAGCUGGAGCAUGACGAGGACUAUGGUACGCCAGCGCCGCCGCCAAAACCGCCGCGUCAGUCGACAACUGGUCCGCCACUGGCCAAGGCGGACAUACGCAACGCAUUGCAGAACUGGCAGCUGAGUCUGAUGCACACCGAGCAGCGUGCGGCGGAGGCGUGCGCCAAGCAGAAGAGUUUGAAGACUGCACGCGAGCAAUUCGAGCAUCGCGGCUCCGCCGAUGGCGGCUCCUCCUCCACAUCGGCAACGGAUUAUGCGCUGGGCGGCCUGACGCUGGCGCUGCCGCCCAAGAAGUCCAAUAACAAGCGUCGCGAAUCGCGCCGGCACACAUUGCAGCAUGGCAUAGACUAUAAUAUGCUGAAGCGACUGAAGCAGCUGGAGGAGCAGCGGGAGCUGCUGCUGUUUGGCCUGGAUGGCGUGGAGAAGGCGCGAGAUUUCUAUAUGCAGCAGGUGCUCAAUGUGCAGGAGCAGAUCAAGUACUUUGGGCGUCUGGGCACGCGAUUUGAGCAAUGGUCUGAGCUGCAGCAGGAGAGACUCAACUAUCAACGUGCACGCGUCCUGGAAGCCAACCGCAGCUUGGCCCUGCUGACAGACACCUGGGAUCAUGGCGGUUAUCCACUGCACAUUAAUCUGGCGCUGCCCCGCAAGUCCCUGCAGCACUUUAACUUCAAGCCGUACGCCUCCAAUGACGCCGAGCUGCUGGCCUGUGAGAAGCAGGCGCUCAUGUCGGAGCUAUAUGAGCAGCAGCAGCAGCAUACGCAGUUCCACAAUCUGCGAAAUAUGUCGGACUUUGUGCUCAGCCAGCCUUCGCCUGUGAGCCAAUCCUCGGCGGGACUGGGUGAUGCGGAUGUCGUCUAUUAAGCAUAAACAACAAUUUAAAAGACUUUGUAAAUAUUUGAACAUGUAUUGUAAUGGCGAUCAAAGCA